CGAUUACAGCAUAUUUCAUGGCGAAAAGAUGCCGUCGCGUAGUAAUAUUGUUAUCUGGACAGUUUUUACAGGGAACCGCAUGUGACUUCAUUAUUAAAUUUGCCCAUUCUCUACCACCAGCUGCAAGAAGUAAGACACUUCUCCCAGUUAUUCGUGAAAGAAAUACACCAAUACCCAGAAUCCUUCGCUUUCUGACAUUAUGUGACUUCACAAGGCCCGGUAUGAAUGAAUUGGUUUGGGACAAACUUUCUGCAGCCAUAGUUGCGCCAUCGGAAGAUGAAUCAAAUCCAUUUGACGAAAGUUUGACAGAUUUAAAAUAUUCAACUCCAAAGCGUUUAGAUGGACAUGAUGAAUAAUCUGGUCAGUCUAGAACUAGAAGUUUGCUGACAAGUUAGAUAGAUACAUGCUUUUAUAUAUAUCAUUUUACAAACAUAUAUGCAAGAUUAGAAAAAGCAGAUACAUUAUAUAUAACAUUGAAUAUUGGGGAAACAUUUUCAUGUAUCCAACAUCGCAUAUUUCAAUGCAUUUAAAAUAUCACUUGUAUGCAGAUACCGAAAAUCGAAAUAUCAAGAUUCAUUCCUACAAGUUAACAAAGACAUGUAUAGGUACAUAUAUAUGACGAAAUAUCCACAGACACUUGGGGUUUGGAGCUCAAAACGCCUUUAAAAUCCAAAUAAAAUGCAUAUUUGUCAAUCCCAGCACAUGUACUGAUCAUAUAUAUCAAAAAAACUUAAUAUAAGCCGUUUUGAAAAAAAAAAAUCAUAUUUCAACAUCUAUAAUAAUACACAAGAUAAACAUGUACGCCGGAAAAAAUCCGCACCUAUACCGUCAUAAUCACCAUGUAUUUUAUUCCAUUUCCAAUAUUUUCACACAAUCCUUUGGUCCAUCGACACAGAAGAUAUAAUUCUUCACGAUGAUGGUCAAUUUUAAACUUCAACGGUAAUAUAAACAAAGCAACAGCCGAAAUAAACAUCAAGAUUAUCGCCGUUUCUCUCCAUUGACAAAAUCUUUCCAUAAAUUCAAACUUUGCCCCAGCUUUGCCGUGUGCAAAAUGCGCAGCGCUUUUAGGUUUGAGAGCCAAAUAAUCGGAUGGCUUCGUUCAUAGCCGACUGGUUUCCAUCUUCAUCAUCGUGAAGAAUUAUAUCUUAUGUGUCGAUGGACCAAAGGAUUAUGUGAAAAUAUUGGAAAUGGAAUAAAAUACAUGGUGAUUAUGACGGUAGGGGUGCGGAUUUUCUACGGCGAACAUUGUUAUCUUGUGUUUUAUUAUAGAUGUUGAAAUAUGAUUUUUUUUUUCAAAACGGCUUAUAUUAAGUUUCUUUUUUAUAUAUAUGAUCAGUACAUGUGCUGGGAUUGACAAAUAUGCAUUUUAUUUGGAUUUUAAAGGCGUUUUGAGCUUCAAACCCCAAGUGUCUGUGGAAAUAUCGUUCAAUAAAUUAUGGUAAUUAGGGACUAUAAAUGACAAUAAAUUCUACCACGUGUGACGCUAAACUUAAUUAACGCUGUAUGUUUAUCAUAAUAUAGAAUAUUUGGACGGAACAAGACCAGAUCCAAUGUUUGAAUUUAAUGCUUCCUAUGAAUAAACUUAUUAUAUCAGGGAUGAAUUACACCUUUGACUUAAGACUGUGUUAAUAAUAAUAUUACUAUCAGUAAAUUCAUUUAUAAAGCUUCUCAUUUGCAAUAAAUUCCAGACUCGAAUCUUGUUUAGGGCUUGUUUGUAACAGAAUUAAUCUGAUAUCAAUGUCCACCUUAUUACAGAAAAUAUUGAAAUGUCAGAGAUAUUUUUACAAAUUACUUAAUUUUUUCUCUUAACCAUGUAUUUGCCCUUUAUAUAUUUGUAUAACAUGCGAUAUAAUAUGGCUAUGAAUGUUAUAACUUUAUAUGCUUAAUUAAUAUUAUAUUAUGUUACUUAAGAAAUUAAAAUUUGCAAUUUUUUAAGAUAAAUGUUUUAUCCACAAUAAGACUGUGGUCUCAUGCACAUAGCAAACAUUGUUAUACUUACCUUUUCAAAUAGUGAAUAAUAUUUUACAGUUUAUAUAGUCUUAGAUAAAUUUAAUUGGACAUUAGUAUAAUGUAAUAUACAAUAUAAAAUUGUAUAAUGCAAACAGUCGUAAGAAAUUUUAUUUGACAGGAUAUGGUUUUAUAAAUUUCAUU